AUGGAGGGGUCGUCGUCCUCUCCUUUAGGUGGUACUCCUGUGAGUACGCAGCGAGUUGUUAUUGGGGGAAGUCAUGGGCAUGUUGAAGAGGCGAUCGACGGCCACUUGUUGGUGCUUUGGUCGGCCUCUCUGUGCAACUGGAAACCCCUUCGAAACUGUACGGGACGCUACAGUUGUCGCGAAAAGAGAACGCGGGAAGAGUUGUCAACAAGAGGCAAUGUGUUGUUUCCCUCUCAGAUGGACCCCAUCAUGUUGAUGCAGUAUGCGCUCUCGUGUGCAAAUAGCGACAGCAAGGAGAAGAAUCUUGCAACGGAGUGGCAAUUGCAAGUGUUUGCCCCGGCACCCGGUCGAACCGAUCGGAUCCUGGUCCUUCCAUUGGAUGCUCAACAACAAACGGGUAUCAUUACCUAUGUCAAGCAACAGAAGCAACCACAACAACAGACAAUCGACGAGCCAACAAUCAGCAAAGAUGUUGAAAGAGAAAUGACAUCAGAGACUACUGCUGUCGAACAUGACGGAUGCCGCUAUGUCCACACAUUGAAUGCGCCUUCGGGAUUUCAGCGCAAGCUCAAGGCAGUCGGCAUACAACUAGGUUGA